AUGAACUCGGAAAUGAACUCGGGAAUGAACAAGUCCAGCGCACAUUUAGAAAUUUGUGCCGCCUGUGUCUCGGGGCUGUCACAAAUUUGCAAUUGUGAAAUGGGCUGUGUUCUGUGAUUGGUCGAUUAACCAAUGAGAGAGUUUUCGAUUUGAGAGAAUCAACGAGAGAGAGAGGGAACGGAUUCACGUGAGGUUGCUUGAAUUAGUUUAGACCGAGUCGUACUACUAAGCGGAGCUGCUCUCGGCUUGAAAUUAUUUAUCCGGUUAUUUAAACAAAAAAAAAAAUAUUUAAAAAAAUUAUUUUUGUUGAAAUUUUUAUGAAAAAAUAUUUUUAUCGUUUUUUUUUAUUAAAAAUUAUUUAUUUAAAAAAAAAUUAUUUAUUAAAUUUAUUAAAAAAAAUUUUUACGUAAAUUAAUUACCAAACUAGUCAAUUAAUAACGAGACUUGCAAAAUCGAUUAUCUAAUGCAAAAAUUAUUAAAUGCUCGAGUGACUGAAUAUUGGAACGAAAUCAAGUGACAUUUAUUAAAUUACAAAAAAAAUAUAUAAACAAGCCAAGUGUAAUAUUAAUAAAAAGUGCAUUAUUCGUGGUUAUAUAUUAAAUUACGCAAAUUAAAAAAAAGAACUCUAUCGAUUAUUAUCAUCGUCAGCCUUAUCAAGCAAAUUCUAAAAAUAUAAAAUGAUCGCUUUGUGGUUUAUCGAUCAAUAGCAGUAUCAAUUAUUUACAACAAAAGGCUCUUGUUCAAGGCGAGCGGUUUUAAAAUUGACAUUUUAAUAACAUUAUUUACGAUUUGAAAAAAAAAAUUGUAAAAAAAAUCGAGGAAAAGUAACGAAAUGUUACAUAAAAGAAAUAAUCAUAGUUGCAGCAACCACUUUACCACAGCAAAUUUUCUUCCUUCCUGUCUGGCGCUCUACCUGACAUGCUGAACUAAAUAACGCCACGAAUCAAUGAUUUUGCAUGUCGGAAUCAAUUAACUCCUUGUCGAAUAAAUAAUAAAACUUUACCAUAAAACACACACAAAAACACACAAUGUUGGCAGUGAAAAAUUUCUUUUUGCCCGAACGUAAGGCGCCAGAUACGCCGCGAUUCUCCCGCAUGCCCGAAACGUUCCUACGAAGCAUUCGUCGACGAUCGCUGCGCAUUAAGCGGACAAAGUCACUGAUUGUACCUGAACACGACAGAGAAAAACGGAAAUCAGAUUCCUUUGUGAACAGUCAAGAAUGGACCAUUUCGCGUGCGGUGCCCGAUAUUCGUCUCGGCAUCGUCGGAUCUCUCAGUUCGGGCAAGUCGGCGCUCGUGCAUCGCUACUUGACGGGCACUUAUAUGCAAGAAGAGUCUCCCGAAGGCGGUCGUUUUAAGAAAGAAGUGCAAAUAGACAAUCAAAGUUAUCUUCUGUUGAUCAGAGAUGAAGGCGGAUUGCCAGAAUUACAGUUUGCGGCAUGGGUUGAUGCAGUAAUUUUCGUCUUCAGUUUGGAGAAUGAGCAGAGUUUUAAUGCAAUUUAUACAUAUUACACGAAAAUGUCACAUUACCGCAAUUGCAAUGACAUCCCGAUAAUACUUGUGGGCACACAAGAUGCCAUUAGUGAGCGAUCGCCGAGAAUUAUUGACGAUUCGAGGGCGAGGAAACUUGCUGCUGAUCUCAGUCGGCGAUGUAUUUAUUAUGAAACGUGCGCCACGUAUGGAUUGAAUGUUGAACGAGUGUUUCAUGAUGCGUGUCACAAAAUUGUGCAACAACGUACGAGUGUGAAUAAUGUGGUGAAUUCGACGCCAAGUAAUUCAAGGCCAACGACACCGCAAGGAACGCGCCUCGGAUUGGUCUCCGGAUAUCAUCACGGAAACGUGCCGAGUCCCACAAACAACGGUUUUCUCUCGUCUGCGGGCAGUCAGAGUAGCGUUGCGAACACCCAAACGGGCUCGCCGAGUCAUCACGCGAUGCAUGCCGCGAAUCUCACCUUACCUCAUCGUCAUCAUUCCUUGUCGUCGUCGACGCAUCAUCUGCCCUCGAAAAUGGCAACAGACUCGCUGAUUCAAGCCGAGUCGCGAAAUUCGCUCACAAACCAAAAAUGGGGCACAAUUUCGCAUGCGACGUCACAACAAGCGCUUCUUUCGAUGUCCGAAAAUAACAACAUUCCGAAAUACCAACCGGAGCAAUCGACGUUACAUCAAACUUUCGUGAUGAGCGACGAGAAAAUGGGUCCGCCAGCAUCGACGGGCAAAGCUUCGGACAAAUCUGACUUACCAACGCCAACAAGUACGCCGACAACGACGCGGAAAAAUCGUCGUCGCAGCAAUUUGUUCAUCCCGUCGAGCAAAAAACAGGAAGAAAAGUUGAAAAAUAGCGAAGUUGGCAGUGGGCGUGCAAUUCCCUUGAAACAAGGAUAUCUCUACAAGAAAAGCAACAAGACGCUGAACAAGGAAUGGAAGAAGAAAUAUGUGACACUUUGCGACGACGGGCGAUUAACGUACCAUCCUUCGUUGCACGAUUACAUGGAUGACGUGCAUUGCAAGGUAAUUUCGUUGCAAUAUGUCACCGUCAAGGUUCCGGGUCAGAAACCACGCGGAAGUAAAUCCAUCAUUACCAACAGCAGUAUUCUCACGAAAAGUAAUCAGGUACUUGCCGAUGGGCUCGGACACUUAUCCAUUGCCAAAGACAAGAACAAACAAAAUGCCGACAAAGUACUUCUCACGGGAUUCGAGCAAUUGCGUGACGGAACGAAGCCAACAAAUUCCCAAACGAGUGGCGACGAGGGAAUUGCCUUGAGUAACAGCAAUAGUCAGAGCUUUAUUGGCAGCGACAACAGCAACAGCAAGCUCGAUCAAACGCCGAGUGUGAAAAAAAGGCAUCGACGCAUGAAAAGUAGCGGUUUGAAGAAUGGCGAUGCGGAGGAUCCCGAUGGAUAUGAGUUCUUUAUUGUGUCGUUGGAUAACAAACAGUGGCAUUUUGAGGCGGCGAAUUCGGAAGAACGCGACGAAUGGGUUGCUGCGAUCGAAAAUGAGAUUUUCAAGUCGUUGCAAGGCGGCGAAAGCACAAAAACGAAACCGCAGAAUCCAGCUGAUCUUGAAUCGAUGCAAACGAUUAGGCAACGUGUGCCCGGAAAUGGCUUUUGUGUCGAUUGUGAUGCUCCAAAUCCUGAAUGGGCAAGCUUAAAUUUGGGAAUCCUCAUGUGCAUUGAAUGUUCUGGCAUUCACAGAAACCUUGGAUCACACAUUAGCAAAGUUCGAUCGCUUGGAUUAGAUGAAUGGCCACCGGGUCACUUGAGUGUAAUGUUGGCGAUCGGAAACAGUUUGGCAAACUCAGUGUGGGAAUCAAACACCGGCGGAAAGUCAAAACCCAUUCCAACAUCGACGCGAGAGGAGAAAGAAGCGUGGAUUCGUGCAAAAUACGAAUCUAAAGAAUUUUUGCCGCCAUGCCCUUCGUUACCUCCUGUGAGUCAACAACUCAUUGAAGCUGUUGUGAGGUCUGACAUGAAACUAAUAGUGCUUAUUUUGGCACAUACGGGCUCGACAUUCGUAAAUGUAACUGUUAACGCUCGCGAUUUAAGGACACCGUUGCAUCUUGCAUGCGCAAUUGGUAAUUUGGCGAUCUCACAGCUGCUUGUAUGGUACAAUGCCGACACAAAACAAACAGAUCACGAAGGUAGAACGUGUUUAACGUACGCCAAAGCUGCAAAUUCCCUCGCAAUUGUCAAACAAUCUCAAAAUACGCCGCAUCACGUGAACGCGGAAACAACAAAAUCCUUAGUUGAACUGCUCGUUUCGCUCGGAAUAACGGAUCCUGUGCCGCUAAUGGGAGGACAAACAGGCGGAACAUUGCCUCGACGACAGAGUUUGACGAAUAACGGCACCAACAACUACGAAAAAGUGCCCUCGAGUGUCGUUUAAACUUAACAGAAGAAACUUAAAUUCCGAAAAAAGAAAGAAAUAAGUCUUAAUUUGAUGAGAAAAAAUUAAUUUAUGUUAACAUUGGACGAAUUUAUUUGUUUUUUCCCUUGAAAAAAAAAUCUUUUUAUUAUUUCUUUUCUUUUUUUCGUUCCAAAAGUUGUGAUUUUAUAUUAUAGUUUUGUAUUAUAAUAACGUAUAAAAAGUUAUAUUGUUCAGUGUGUAGAGAAAAAAACCAAUAGACUAGUUUUAAAUUAAUUAAUCAACAAAAUGCUUGUAAAUGCUCGUAAAAUUCUAGAUAAGUUAAAAACAGCAAAAAAAAUUAAAUAAAGUAUUAAAAAGUUUUCUUGUUUUUUCCAAUUUUUUCGAAUUUCACGCCAAUUAAGAGCCUUGCUAUGAAUUUUGUGUAAAUUUUUCAAUAAAUAAAGUUUUUUGUGUUUAAGAGCACGUUCCCUUAAAAAAAAAAACAAGAAAACGAACCUUAUGAUGGUCUACUUCUAAAUAUAUAUAAAAUAAUUAAUAUAAUAUUUAUGUAAAUGUCUUGAAAGAAAAAAAAAUGAUUAAUGACAAAAAAAAAAGUAUUUAAGGAUAAAAAUGUAAAAAAAAUUAUUGGAAUGAAUGAAUAUUAUUAAA